AAAGAUAACUCCUUACUUAGGUCAAUGAACCUGACAAAUUAUUCUAGGGUGACCGAAUUCGUAUUGCUGGGACUUUCCAGUUCCAAGGAGAUACAACCUUUACUUCUUAUCAUUUUUUCAACACUCUAUUUAGCAAUACUGCUGGGAAACUCUCUCAUCAUCCUCACAGUGACAUCAGAUUCCCGUCUUCACACCCCCAUGUACUUCCUACUUGCAAAUCUCUCUUUCAUAGACAUAUGUGUCGCCUCCUUUGCUACUCCAAAAAUGCUUUCAGACUUUCUGGUUGAACGCAAGACUAUUUCGUUUAAUGCCUGCCUGACCCAGAUUUUCUUUGUUCACCUUUUCACUGGUGGUGAAAUGGUGCUCCUUGUAUCCAUGGCUUAUGACCGUUAUGUUGCCAUAUGCAAACCUCUUCACUACAUGACAAUCAUGAGCCGCCGUGUCUGCAUUAUUCUCGUCCUCAUCUCUUGGUGUGUCGGCUUCAUCCACACCACUAGCCAGCUGGCAUUUACGGUGAACCUGCCCUUCUGUGGCCCUAACCAGGUAGACAGUUUCUUCUGUGACCUCCCUCUGGUGACCAAACUGGCCUGCAUAGACACUUAUGUGGUCAGCCUCCUGAUAGUUGCAGACAGUGGCUUUCUUUCCUUGAGUUCCUUCCUGCUGCUGGUUGUUUCCUACACCGUGAUUCUCAUCACAGUGAGGAAUCGUUCCUCUGCUAGCAUGGCGAAGGCGAGGUCCACGCUGACUGCGCACAUCACAGUGGUCACACUGUUCUUUGGGCCGUGCAUCUUCAUCUAUGUGUGGCCCUUCAGCAGUUACUCAGUUGACAAGGUCCUUGCUGUGUUCUACACCAUCUUUACUCCCAUUUUAAACCCGGUUAUCUAUACUCUGAGGAACAAAGAAAUGAAGGCAGCUAUGUCAAAACUGAAGAGGGAGAGAAAGAUAGACACCUGCAGACCUGCUUCACCCCUUGUGGAGCGACUCCCCUGCAGGUGGGGAGCCGGGGGCUUGAACCGGGAUCCUCUCGCCGGUCCUUGUGCUUUGUGUGUGCCACCUGCACUUAACCGCUACGCUACCGCCCGACUCCCUGGUUUGCUCAUUUUAUAUUCACUCUCCCAGUAUCACAGGAGAAUAUUGUGAACACUGCUCUGACUCCAUUGUUCGAUGCCUCACAGGAAUGCUACUUUUCAAAAAAAAAAAAUCAAAAAAACAAUUCCUUCAUGAAGUUCAUGCCUCAAAGCAAACCUCCUUUCCAUUUGGAUUAUAUAAACAUGUGUUCCAUAUAAAGGUAGGUAUUCAUUACAAAAAGUGGAUUACAUGGAUUGAUU